AUGGCCAUGCCAGCUGAGCCGAUACUCGCUUCCGCGUUAUGGCAGCCGGCUCAAGCAAAGGGAGACUGCGGCUCCAAACCACUCCAUUCGAGGCUCUCUGCGACCGGCGUCAAGGAGCUGGAGGAUGUUCUUGGACGCUGCUUAGGACCAGGUCAAGUCACCUGCGUGAGCGCCGAACCUGGUAGCGGCGAACGGGAGCUAUGCGAAGCAAUUGUGACAGCGCAUCUGCUUAGCUCGACUCAUACAACGGUGACAGUCGUCGACACGGGCUCGUUCUCCGACAUCCGCAAGAUUUACCAAUCCGUCACAUCACGCUUCCAGGGCGGAGCGAAUGCUUCGAAGGAGGCUUUGCGAGUGCUGGACAGACUGAAAAUAAUGAAAGUCUUCGACUUCGAAGGGUUGACAGACGCUAUCUCUGAGCUACGCCAGUCGUUAGAAGAACCGCGCAGGGCACCCACCGUCGGCAUUCGACCACAUUCAGGUCCCAAAGGCACGAUCGGAGACAGCGAGGAUGAAGACGAGAUGUUGGACAUUGAGAGUCCUUCGAACCAGCCUGCGAAGCAAGCGAGACCGAAUCCCGUGCCUGCGCCUCAAGCACAUGGGCUGGUCUUGAUCGACAACCUCCCGCAAGUCAUCGGUCCCCUGCUCAAAAGCAACUACGCACAUGGCCAAGCUCUGCUAAUGUCUUUCACGCGGUCGUUGUCUCACCUCUCUAGCACACACGGUCUAUGCACAGCCAUAGUCAACGGCACAGCUUCAUCCGCCAAGACCAAAGAAGAAUCACCAAGCGCCUUCUCGUCCUGUGCGGUACGUCCGCUGCUGGGCAAGGCGUUCACGCAUCUUCUGGAUACCCACCUGCUCGUUCAUCGGACGCUGAAGCGUAGUCGUGAAGCAAGGAAUGAUCCUAGCGGGGAGGUGUCGGUGGUGGAGAUACUGCAAGAUCGAAAUGGGAACGGCGUUGGACGCUGGGCUGCAUUCACGAUCGAUCCGACAGGCAAUUUGAAAGGUCUUGAGUGA